AUGGCAUCGGCGCUGCACUACCCGUACCGGCCCAAGGCGCGGGCUGCGAGCAGCCACGAGUCCCUGCACAAGGCGAUUCCCGCGCGGCCCGUGAUGAACCACCCCUUCCACGCGCUAACGCGCGAGGAAAUGGGGUGGCACGGGUCGCCGACCAAAGAGUCCUUGCGCGACGCCAAGAGCCUCAAGCCCAAACCGCUCCGAACAACGAAGCUCAACGCGACGCAGAAGCGCGAGUUUGGCUGGGACACGUCGUUUCCCGCCGAGUACGGCCUCACCAACCUCGCGCGGGACUUCAAGGACACGCUGAGCUACACGAACAAUAAGAUCAAAGAGGCCCACGAAACCAAGCAGGUGCUCGAGCACGGACACAAGCACGUGCAUGCGAGUGAUAUCCAGCACAACAUUGCCCACCUCCAAGAGGCCUUUGGGUGCCAGCAGCCCUCGAGUGUCCCGACCACCGACCCGAAACACGAAAUUCUCGUGAUGAAGAACAUUCUGAUCCGCGAAGGGCUCGUGAGCCGUCUCAAGGGCGUCGCGGAGCGCAUCUCGAUCGGCGACGUCACGUCGCUCAAGGUCCAAAACGCCGACUCGCUGCUCUCGAUUUUGCUGCAAACGCGUGACGCGUCGGUCGCUGUCGUCCAAGCCCUCUACGAGUGGCAACUGCAACUGCCAUCCCCCCAAACGUACAUUUUUAGCGGGAAAAGCUACGUCCACCGUAUGCUGGACGACCUCAACUUUCUCGCCGAGAUCCCCCGGCUCGCCGACGUCCUCGGUGUCGCGCCCGAGUCGAUGGUGCGCAACCCGUUCAUGCUGCCGACUUCGAUUCCCGGCCGCGACCUCGAGCCCGUGCACAGCAUGGCGUCCCCUCCGUUCGUCUCCACGGUCCCCAACGAGGCAACGGCAGGCGACAUUGUCACGCAGGCCGACGCAUUUUUGGUCUGGUGCUGCCUCCAUCUGAACGAAUUGCCCCCCGAGGUGCCCCCGGACGCCAGCGUCCCCGAGACAGCCGAGACGGCGCCGCCCAGUGGCAUGAGUACGCUCGAGGUGCUCCAGUGGCAACAGCGCGCCGAGAUGCAGCUCAAGUUGCUGUCCAUGCCGAUGGAGUCGUCUUUAGGGGUGCAUGUGAUGGACUCGUCGGCGCUCAUGAAGCGCAAGGGCUACUUGCCGUCGUUGCCCAUGUCGCCGCCAAAGACUUUGAAAGACCUCAUGCACACGGUCCACGACGGUCCGCCGGCGAAGAAGCCCAGUACUGUCAUCCACGUCACGGUGCCUUACACGAACCCCAAGUACGCCAAGGUCAAGCCGCGCGUCUCGGCCGAGUCAUUUCCCCAUCAGAAGAAACCGCCUCGCCCAGGGCAACAAGCGACCAAGCCGAAUAAGCGGCUCAAAAAACCCUACAAGAAGACCAACCCGGUGGUCUUGACGCUGCAAAAUCUCUCGGUGACGCACCUCGAACUGGAGGCGCUCAGCCGCGACGAAGCCCCGCCGCAAGUCGUUGCACUCAUCGUCGCGACCGUCAUGAUUCUGCUCACGCCCGGGGACCUCGUCCCCAAAGAUGUGAGCUGGUCCACGGCCCGGACACUGCUCGCAAACGGCAAGCAACUGCUUCGAACGCUCCACACCUUUCUCGACGGGCCUCCAGUCGCCGCGUUCAAAAUGAAGGCGCUGAGUCCAUUUUUGACCAACGAGAAAUUCCGACCCGCCUAUUUGGUGCCCAUUUCUACGCCAGCGGCCGUCCUCUGCGCCUGGGUGCUCGAGACCGUGAGUUUGCAGAACCAACCUAGCGCCAAAUCGACGUCCCAGUUGCUCGAACCCGGCGCCGAAACCAGUGCCGACACGUCGGACCUGCUCAUGUACCUCGAGAUGGACGACACGAACCCGCAGGUGCGGGACCAGACUCUGGAGCGCGUCCCGGGGUCGCGACCCGCUGACGUGUUUGUGUUACAAGACGACGGAUGCGACGGUGGCGAUGGACGCAUGGACGGCGCCGACCCGACGCCCGACACGGUCGUCUUUAGCGGCUCGUGGAACUACCACGCACUAACCUACUUUGUGUCGUUUUACGUGGCGCAGAUCGAGCCGACGUGCGUGCUGCAGCUCAAGCUCUUUGAGCCGCAGUCGGCCGUCGAGACGCAGGCCGUGGUCCAUGAAGAUGAAAUCAUGACCCUUUUUGGACCCCACGUGCUCGCUUUUGUCUACGAACGCGCGUGGGUCCCCCUCUGUGAAUCCAUCUUGGUCCGUCUCGAUCAUGUGAUGAACCCGGGGGGCGUGGUCGCGACAUCGCGGCGACUCAGCGCCAUCAACCAGCACGACGACGAAGACUUGCUCCUCGCCCUUGACACGUCCCGGUCCAUCGAGAUACCACUGCCUCAACUGUCGAGCACCCCCCGCACCACCAAGGCACCUGUGUCCCUCGUCCCACGCGUGGCACAGUCCAAUGCGCCGCCGCCCGUGGACAUGGACGCCAUUCUCAAGAUCCAGUGUGCGACGCGCCAAAAGCUGUCGCGGGAAAAGGCCAAGCGCCUGCGCCGGCACAAGCACGAGAAACGCAAGAAUCCAACACUCUUUAUGAGCGCGGACCAGCUUCGAGACUACGAAGACCAUGUGUUGCAGCUUGAAACUGCCGACGGUGCCGCCCGAAACGACGCGCUCCUGAACGCUCAAGACGCCGCCAUCUUGCGGAUUCAAUGCGCGUCGCGGCAACGGCUCUCGCGUCAACGAGUGGCCAAAAAACGAAAAGAACAAAAAGCAGCCGCACCGGUCGUCGAGGUGCGUCGGCGCCGAUCGCUCGUGGCCCAGCAAGCCGACUUUGUUGUCGACAUUGCACCGGCGUUUGAAACCAUCCAGCGCAAAGCCCGGAAGAGCAUCGAGUACCUGCAUGCCCACCCACACCUGGCUCACUUGGCGCACGCCACGUCAGUCGACCACGAUGCGCGACCGCACCGCCUGUCGGCGCCGCCAGAUCCGCUCGACUUGUACAGCGCCGACGACGCUGCGGUGCGUAUCCAGUGCUUGGCCCGCCAGCGCCUCGCGAGAAAGCGGGUGACGGCGAGGCGUCACGAGCUGCUCACGAGCGUAUCAUCACCGAUUCUCUUUGUCGACGAGGAGACCGCUGCCCUUCGCAUCCAGUGCUUGGCCCGCCAGCGCUUUGCGAAAAAGCGCGUCACGGCCAAGCGCAACGAGGUUCGACGAAGCACGGCGCCGCAGUUAGAGCUGGACUGCGACGCAGCAGCGGUUCGCAUUCAGUGCAUCGCGCGACAGCGGGCCGCGCGACGCCGAGUCGAGGCCGAGCGGCGAGACCAGGCGCGGCGUUGCGAGAGCCGCUACGACGCCGACAUUGCCGCGCUGCGCAUUCAGUGCCUGGCGCGGCAGCGAGCCGCCAAAAUGCGGGUGGCCGACCGGCGGCGGCAGUCGAGGGUGCUGCAGGCGUCGCUCUCGAUCCAGCACGACACGGACGUCGCUGCACUCCGAAUUCAGUGCCUCGCUCGCCAGCGUGCAGCAAAAAAGACGGUGGCGCGGCGGCGACGCGAGAGCCAAUCGCCAGUCAUGCAGCUCGACCAAGCCGACGCCGCGCUGCGAAUUCAGUGUCUUGCCCGACAGCGCGCUGCCCGAAUUACGGUCGCCACGCGCCGCCAGGACGCGCGUGGAGCGAUCGAUGACCUCGACGCCGCGGCCCUUCGAAUCCAGUGCCUUGCCCGACGGCGCGCGGCGAUCAAAGCAGCGGACGCCAAGCGGCUGGCGAUGCGCCCUCGGCUGCCCGCGCGGUCGCUUUCGUUUGGCGCCUCGGACAAGGACCGGGCUGCCGUGCGUAUUCAGUCGAUCGCUCGGCAGAGCGCCGCCAAGAAAGCGGUAGCCAUGCGCCGACAAGAGACGCUGAGCCAAGCUCCACCAACGACGACCAAUCUAUUUGUCUCGGAGAAGGACAGCGCGGCGCUGCACAUUCAGUGCCUCAUUCGCCAACGGGCCGCAAAAAAGCGGGUCGCUGAGCGUCGCGCUCAAGUGAUGGAAGCCGUUCAAGAAGACGACGACGGCGAGUACGCCGGUGACGAUUUCGGCUCACCACCACCGUCGCGGGAACACCCGGAUACUCUGCCGAUGGCUCCGACCGACCUGGAGAUGGCGCCGAUGGAGGAGGCGGACGCGCUUGAAGCCCUGUCAGCGUCCAACGACGGCAUCGUUGAACCCAAAGAUCGUCGAUCGGUCACAACCACGGACGAUAAAAGUGCACCAGUUGACGAGUACGCUGCCGACGACUUUGGCUCGCUGCCACCAUCGCGCGCCGGCGACGAGCGUACUUCAAUGGCUGCCGGCGCAACAGACCAAAUACUCCUUGACGACAGCAGCGAUGCUGCGGUGUCUUGCCGAGUGCCGACACCGGCAGAGUACCCAGGUGAUGGGUCCAAAUCGCCGAUGCCGCCAUCUGAUUGGAUGGACCUCGACGCGCCGUCGUCCGAGUCGACGCUCCUGGCAACUGUUGGCGAGAUCGAGGCUGUCAACGCUGCCAGUGUUGUGCCGCCAUUGGCCUUCAACUUUGAUGUGCCGGUCGAUAUCGGUGAUGGCAUCGAUGACGUGGCACUCCCGCUGCACGUGCCGAGUCCGUGUAAGAAAGCCAGCGCCCGCGGCGAAGAGCUCGUGAUCGAAUGCGAUGACGCACCAAUGGCGACGGAAGCGACGACGACGGCGCGGCUGCAACCGGCAGGAGUCGCGCCUGAGCGCCCCGACUUUGAGCUCACGCCCCGUCUUCCCGACUUUUCACACGACGACGAUGCGACACUGCACGUCGACGACGUUGUCGAUCGUAUGGACGACGCGUCCUUGCCACCCGUGCAAAGUGCCAUUGAUAACAGCACCGACGAGACGACGGUGGAUGGCACGGAUGCUGCAGUCGCUUCGGCGGACGCGUUGCCAACGUCGUCCGAGGCUGCCGACGCUGCACCGACUAGUGACGUUGGUGAAGGUCAAGAAGGUGCAUCGGAGUGCACUCCACCAUCGAUGUUCUCUGCUGUUGAUGCGGACACUACCGUUGAAGCGACCCAAGAGCCGAAUGCCGUCGACCAAGAUGCGGUGCAAGAUGGCAAUGCUGCUGCGACGACUGAUCUCUCGCCAUCGACAAAUGCUGCGGGCUGUGUGUCGUUGACGCGUGACACUGAUCCAACAGAGUUGACGCUGGUUGCCGACGCAAGACCCGAUGAGAGUGACGCGUCUCCCGUUGUCCCACCCUCUGCGUCCAAUGACCGUCUCGACAGCUCUCGUGGAGUCGACGACGGUGCUCGAACCUCCCGUCAAGAGACUAACACGACCGAGCGCAUGACAGUCGCCAGCGCCCGCGACAACGGGGACGACGUGUACGAAGAAGCGUUUGAUGACUCGGCUCGCUCGAUCAACAACGAAGCAUCGAUCGGUGUCGGCAUCGACCUCACGUCGGACGUCGCGACACCAACUGUGGCAGACGACGACGUGUCGCUGCCGAAUGCACUGACGUCGGCAGUAGCGGCACACGACGCCGUCGGCUUGGGCACCACCGACACGGAUGCGACUGAAGCCGACUACAGCGACGACGAAGGCCGUCACGACGAGGCUCCAUUGGCGACCGCUCUUGUCGCCUCCCGCAGUAGCACAGCGCGGUACAGCGACGACGCAUCGACACCACGAGCCAACGACAUUGCUUUGGACGCCGACCUACCGCUUCCGUUGACCAACGAGCCAACGCUCGGCCACGACACCGACACCACCUCUGCUCGCUACAGCAACGACAAUGGGUCACCCGAGAUGCUUGCCACUUCUGAGAGGGCGCCGACGGCUCGCGAGAGUCCAGGACACUCGGCGAGGUAUAGUGACGACGGCGAGCUCAACCAAGACACUUUGUCAAACGACAGCAGCGUCGAGAUAGUCGAGAUCCGCGUGCCCGACGCACCCACAGUACCCGCCCCAACCGUCGAGGGAGAAGAUAAACCCAUAUACCAACGUGCUGAUAUCACGACGUCGUCGGACGCACCGCCGCAGAGCAACAUUGAUUCGACACCGAUCCAAGAGGCGGCUUCGAUGAGCGAGCCGCCAGCGCUGGACGUGUUCUACGACGACGAGCCGUCAGCAAGCGGUGAUCUAGCGGCGACGCUCGACACCGCGUCCGCCCAAGAUACCGCAUUGGCACAAUCGAUGGCACGACCAGACGACGUGCGACGUGAAGAGACGGCAAACGAGCUCGGCGGCGAGGACCCGGGACGAUACAGCAGCGCGAGUCCUCGCAUCGAGUCGGCUCUCGUAGCAGAAAGUGCGGUGCCAUCGAAGACGGAGCCGCCCCCACGCCCAUCUUUGCUGACCGACACUGGUAACACCAAGGAUGCGGGCGAUGGUGUUGUUGCCGAUGCAAGCGACGCACCGCUGGAAACCUCGGCUGCCAUCCCUUCGGCGACCACUUCUGUGGAGCACAGCCCGUACGACGAAGACGAGUACUCGGUCGACUUUGCCCGGGACGAAGUGCAUUUGCUAGACGACCACCGCCCGGACGCGACACCAGCAGACAUAGCGCCGCGGCCCGUGGUGCCAGCGAUCUCUGGAGGCUCGGAGGCCGUCAUGCCCCCGUCAGCAGCGCGGGAGGAGGCCGCCGCCGUCGACAGCGACCAAGUGUACGAGGACGACGCUUAUGAAAACGAUCCGGACACGGGUCGAUACAGCAACGUCAGCGUCGAUAUGGUCCCCGCUGAAGCGUCUGUCGCCAUACAGGACAAGUCAUCGGAAGGCACCAACGAACCGCCGUCGGUGUCAUCAAAGGAGCCGUCGACCGACGCAGACGCAACAGAGUACGACGACGACACCGAGUUGUACAAUGACGCCGAAGUAUCGCCACCGGUGGCUAUAAGCGAGCAAGCAACUUCGUUGAUGGGCGCCGACAUCUCGCCACCGAUGACAGCAAGCCCAGUGGCGGACGAGAUCGUCAACGAGACCAACACGGGCCGCCGCAGUGACGCAGCUCCCGAGCCAACAAAUGCGAUCGUAAUGACCACGAUCGAGCCGACAAUGUCAAUAACGGCGCCAGCAGUCGCUCCACUGUUGCUGGAGCGUGCUACUGGCGACGACACCACGCCUCGGUACAGUGACGACGGCAGUGCUCGCACCGACGCCGCACCGGCGACCGCAGUUUCAUCGCCGACCGCGCGCACCGACGACCAGGUCGCUUCCGGCGGCACCCUACCGACGCAGGACAACCCAUCUGAAGCCACCGACACGAGCCGGUUCAGCGACGACAGUGCACCGGUGGCGACGAUGCCGAGUCUGUCGCUGGCGUCCAACGCCGUCCUCGACGACACGUUUGACACUUUGUACACACCGCCGAGCGACCACCGCCCACCAUCCCUGGCCAAGCGGGGAAGCGUCUCAUCUGUCAUUUCUGCGUCGCCGCUGCCGUCCAACCGGUCGUAUGACAACGACUUUGAUGACGCUCCCGAGCAACCGGACGCGCCUCCGACGCUGUUGCAUGCCGAGUCGAGUUAUAGUUUAGACGACUUUGACGCCUAG